AUGAAACUAUCGAUGAUCACCAACCAGACGAAUUCGACGGCGAAUGAGGAGUCGAGAAAGGGGCAGGAUGACUAUCGCCGAUACGGUGGAAGCUAUUUGGACGAAGUGAAUUACGAGGACGGCAUGGAGCGAGAUCCAUCACGACUGAAACGAGUAAGACUAAAUGAGGAGGAGCGCAAGGGUGAUGAGGAGGAAGGUCAGGAUGGCCAGGCUGGGAUGGAUCUUAGGAGCCAGUCUUGGUCUAAGUUGCAGGUACUACUCCUCAAUCAAGACAAGCCAAUCGGCCGAUCGACGAUUAUUAACGAGAUGGACGAGCCAGAGCUAGAGCUAGAGGGAGAAAGCCCUUCGAAUAGUUUCCACUCUUCUUCCUCUUCCACCCUCACCCAGUCUCAGCAUUCUUCCCCUCUCCAACCAACAACACCCGACCAGAGUCAACCUUUCCUUCCCUCUUGGGCAACCGAGCCGAGUGGAUGGUCGAAACAACGCGUGACGGAUGAAAUGGAACUAUUGUCGGUGAUUGAGAAACAGGCCGAGACAUACUCGAGCGGACCGGAAAGCGAAGCCCUUCUGACACCCGGCGCCCAAUCCCAGCCCACCGCAUGGAUCAAUCACCACCAUCCUCCUCGUCAACAUCAUAGCCUUAGAGUGCUCCAGCCUCCCGAACUGAUCGUACCUUCGUUCCCUAGUCAGCCCGUGGCCAAUCUACCCUCUCCAGCCAUCCCUGCUAUCCCUCAAGAAAAACCAUAUAAAUGUAGCUUGUGUCCCAAGAGCUUCACCCGGAAUUAUGAUUUAACCCGACAUAAAUCAUCGCAUAUCGAUCAAAGACAACAUCGUUGUUCGAAAUGUGGAAGAUCAUUCAACCGAAGAGACGCACUCAUUCGGCAUACUCUGGUCAAAAGCUGCGGAAACAACCCAUAA